AUGAGCCAAAUUACGAAACAGAUUUUUGAUGGAAAUCCGGAGUUCUUCCCAAUUAAGCCUACUGAUUAUGGACGAUUUUUAGUAAUCUCAGUGGGCACUGGCUCGUCCAAGGUAGAAAAUAAAUAUGAUGCUAAAAAAGCAGCCAAAUGGGGUCUUUUAGGAUGGUUGCUCAAUGGAGGUUCCAAUCCAAUAGUGGAUGUUUUCACUCAAGCCAGCGCUGACAUGGUGGAUUUACAUAUUUCUGCUCUUUUUCAAGCACUACAUUCGGAAGAAAACUACCUUAGAAUUCAAGACGACACUUUGACGGGAACAACUUCUUCCGUCGAUGGUGCAACGAAGGAGAACUUGAACAAACUAGUCGAAAUUGGGAAAAGUUUAUUGAAGAAAGCAGUUUCAAGGGUUAAUUUGGAUUCAGGUCUAUUCGAGCCAAUUGUAAAGGGUGGAACAAAUGAGGAUGCUUUGAAGAAGUUUGCAAAAUUACUUUCAGAAGAAAGAAGGCUUCGGGAAUUAAAAUCACCUUUCGACAAGAAAUGCUCAAAUUAA